AUGUCACGCUCGACAACGUCGACGACGACCUACAAUCUAGUCAAGUACUCGCGUUCAAACACGAAUGACCGCUCUGAAGCCGAGCAAGAAUGGCAACAUUUCACGAAUCCGAUCCUGAGCCUUGUCGUAGAUGCGAAGAAGAUGAGCGACGGUCAGCUCGAGUCUCUGAGGACCCGCGUAGUUUGGGCUCUCGGCGCCAGCAACGACUCAAUGGAUGUCGACCAACGCGAGGUCGUAUUUGAGGAUCUGGACAUGCAUGUGCUCUCCUUGACACCGCCGGUGCACGGUCUUCCCCUGAAAGCCGUCUAUCGAGACACUGUUGUGGGCGUCCGCUACAUGCACCCUCGCACCGUGCCCUCAGGGUCCACACCGCAUACCACCGCACACCUGGGCCGCUUUCAGACGCCGAAAUACAUUCGAAUGUUCUUGGACCCUCGUCGGAAAUCUCUUGCGCAGGCGAUAAACUCCCUGCUCUCACGGAUCGACUACAGCAUGCAUACAUGCCGAUCUCAGCUUGGUGGGCCUCCCGCACCGUCUCAGCGCUCCCAACCCUGCGAUGAUUUCCGUUACUCCCGACCAUCAUCUGCUGGCGCAAUAUCUUCUACUAGGGCAGCAGACUACUCUGGAGAGCCCUACUCUGAUCUGCCUCAGUCUCGCUCGGACAGGGAGCCUCUGAACCGGCCAAGGUCUGGCGGUACCACGCCAUCGAUCGCUUCAUCUCAACUACAUCAGGGAUCUAGUACCGAUGCGAUGCUCGACCCUGCGCCUGUCCACGGAGACUUGGCCAUGCGUGCUCAAACCCUCCAGGCGGUGCCUACUCAUGCGGGACCCUCGACUUCUACUUUCGCUCAGGAGAUUGCUGUGGCCCUAUCUAGUACGACGGAUCAUCAAGUUCGCAACGCAUCCACCGUGGACCCUCCAGCAUCAGCAUCCUUAGACAUUCUCUCUGCCCUGGAAGAGACUCGGUCCAUCUACAAUCUUUCCCGUGGUGAGCUCGAAGAUCUGGUAGCAAAGGUCGUGCGCGAGGACGGGUUUGCUAAGUUGCUGGAGAAGGUCGAUUCGAUGUGGGCGAUCAAGGAGUGUCUGGGUCAGAUUGCAUAG